AUGGCCUUGUGGCGCUCAAUCGGUUUACGUCAGGUCGUUGGCUUUGGAACGAGCGGGCAGCAACUUGCCUGUCGCUAUGUUACAUUCGAUCUUUCAACCCUUCUACAACUCGCUGCCUCGGCGGUCGGAUCGAGAUCAUGCACCCAAGUGUUAAAGAUCUCGGAGGGCCAAUAUAACAAAGUAUUCCAGCUUACCAUGGACGAUGGACGCAUGGUCAUUGCGAUGCUUCCAAAUCCCAAUGCAGGCAGACCACACUUCACGACCGCCAGUGAGGUUGCAACUAUGGACUUUUUGAGGAAUGCUCCGAGCCUUCCUGUUCCGAGAGUGUACGCGUGGAGUUCUCGAGCAUCAGAGAACCCCCUCGGCGCAGAAUAUAUCCUCAUGGAGAAGCAGGCCGGCGUGUUACUAACCGACGUAUGGGACAUCAUUAAAGAAAAGCAGAAAGUCCAAAUCCUGGAUCAAGUUGUUGAUAUUGAAAGGCGCCUCGCAGCUACAAGAUUCUGUAAGUUCGGGUCCUUGCACUAUCAAGACGACCUUCCCGACAACUCCGAUUCUACGUCGGCUCUAUAUUUUGAUUCAAUUGGGAACGAAGUGCGGAGCAAAACGUAUGGCAUUGGACCGAUUAACCACCGUUCUUUCUUUGACUUCGGGAGAGGCGCGCUGAAUAUUGACCGCGGUCCAUGGUCAACAGUCACACAAGUUAUGACGGCGAUUGCGCGGAGGGAAAUUGCAACUGCAAAGGCAGGUCUCCGUGCUUGGCCGCUGUUUAUGCAGGUUGGGCGCCCGGCGUUUCUCGAUUACAAUGGCCCAGUUCCUGAAGAUUUGGGGAAGGUCCCUUUACCACCAAACUUUGACUCCAUAGAUCUAGAUGAACAGCGGAAGGCAAAGGCACUCCAUAGAGCACAGACGCUGCACAACCUCUACUUGGUUCGGUGUCUUCAGGUCAGCGAAACCAUCUUUCAAGUGAUACAGAACCAGAAUACUCUCCGGCACCAAGUCAGAGUCGUUCCGGGAUUAGUCUUGAUGGACUACAAGCCGCUUCACAACAGCCUGUUCUCGGACGAAGAAAUCCAGCAGCAGGAUCAGGAUGGCGCGCUAUGGGCCCAAGGGGUUGAGCUCAUGGAUGUAUUGGUGGGCGACACUGGCUGUUUUUAA